AUGUUGCUGAGCUUUUUAACCUCCUCGUAUCCAGUGGAUCGGCAUUACUUUUUGGUGCCCAAAUUUUCCUGGAAGUGGAUCGGGUUCUAUCCGGAGACCGAACGAACUUGGUCUGUUCGUCUGUGGAGCUUUUUCAAUUUUUUCGUUCUGGCCUAUGGCUGCUAUGCUGAGGCCAGUUACGGCAUCCAUUAUUUGUCGAUAGAUGUUGCAACUGCAUUGGACGCACUGUGUCCGGUUGCUUCGAGUAUUGUGUCGCUUUUGAAGAUGGUUUGCCUUUGGUGGUAUAUGGACGACUUCAAGUUUCUAAUUCAGCGCAUUCGCCAUCUCAGUGAGCAGGAAGGAUCGCCCAAAAAGCUUCAGUAUAAGAAGAAAUACUACACGUUGGCCACACAGCUCGCCUCAAUAGUGUUUUUCUUUGGAUUCUGGACUAGUAUGUCAUAUUCGAUACGGAAUCUUUGGGUUAAUUUGCACCGGCUUCAAAACGACUUGGACUGGAUAUAUGAGACGCCCUUCUUAAUGAGGCUACCUGCACCGAUGUUGCGUCUCCCCCUCUACCCCAUUUCCUAUACCCUUGUUCAAUGGCACGGUAACAUUACUGUAUGUUGUUUUGCGGGUGCUGAUGGUUUAUUUGUGGGCUUCUGCAUCUAUUUAAGCGUGUUGAUUAAAUCGCUGCGCGACGAUGUGUGUGAAACACUAGCCGUGAAAAGUGACUCGCCACCUACUCUACAGGAGGAGUUACAAGUUGUCAGGAAGCUGGAACAGCUUAUAGAUCGGCACAACGAGUUGGCAGAAUUGACGGCACUUUUAUCUCGCGUCCUAGCUGUGAUUACCUUGGGACACUUUGUCACCUCCAGCUUGAUUAUAUGCGCAAGUGUCUUGGGGAUAUUGCUGUUCUCUGGGACGUUAGUUGGGACGUUAGCCUAUGUCGUGUAUUGUAUUUGCGUGAGCGCAGAAAUCUUUUUAUAUUGUCUAGGCGGCAACUUCUUCGUGGAAGGGUGUUCGGAAUUGGCGCGAGAUGUGUUCGAUAGUGCUUGGUAUGCACAUAGUAUCCGCGUUCAGAAAAUGACGCUGUUGAUCAUUUUGAGAGCUCAGCGACAGCUUCAAAUCCAAAUACCCUUUUUCUCGCCCUCUCUAGAGACCCUGACGUCGAUUCUACGCUUUACAGGCUCUUUACUGACCCUAUUUGUAUCCGUUUUAUAA